CAUGGAGGCUCAGUCUCGGAGCAGCCAUUGAAGGGGAAGGAACUGCGGGAGUGUGUGUGGUGUGUGUGUGUGUGCGUGCGUGCGUGUGUGCGCGCGCGCGGGUGUGUGGACAAGGAGGUGGGGGCAGCCGAGUUAAGAGUCCUAACUCCUUGGACUCCAUUUGCUAUUCUUUUCUUUCUCCUCUACAUCUAUUUGGUGGUUGUGGGCAUUUGUAUUUUGCUUUUCUUUUCAUUCAUUUCCAGAUCUUAAAAAUAAUUUUUUUAGGGUUGGGGGUAGUGGAAAAGGGGGUGAAGGAGGAGAGUAGCAGCAGAAAAGCAGGAGGACAUGGAGAUGAAGAAGAGGAUUAGUCUGGAGUUACGGAACAGAGCCCCGGAGGAGGUAACAGAGUUAGUCCUUGAUAAUUGCCUGUGUGUCAAUGGGGAAAUUGAAGGCCUGAAUGACACUUUUAAAGAACUAGAGUUUCUGAGUAUGGCUAAUGUGAAAUUAAGUUCACUGGCCCGGCUCCCUAGCUUGAAUAAACUUCGAAAGUUGGAACUUGGUGACAAUAUAAUUUCUGGAGGUUUGGAAGUCCUGGCAGAGAAAUGUCCAAAUCUUACCUACCUCAAUCUGAGCGGAAACAAAAUCAAAGACCUCAGUACUGUGGAAGCUCUGAUGAAGAUGAAGAUGAAGAUGAAACUGGUCUACUUGAAGGAUAUGAGGAGGAGGAGGAGGAGGAAGAAGAAGAGGAAGAUGAAGAUGAAGCAGAUUCAGAAUUGGGAGAAGGAGAAGAGGAAGUGGGCCUUUCAUACUUAA